AAAGUCUUCCGCUAAUAAUUUAUUCACUCUCUCCAAGAGGAAAAAAAAACAAAAGUUUUUUAAAAACCCUAACAGUUACGGCAAUGGCGGCAUUUUCGAAGAAGAAGAUCUCCGAUGAACUGAACUUCGAAACCUGGGCUCCAAAGACGAAAACCACACUAAUCCAGAAAGGACUCUGGGACGUCGUCGAAAACGGAGUCCCACCAGAUCCAUCAAAGAACCCUAAGCUAUCUGCUUCGAUCCAACCCGAAGAACUAUCGAAAUGGAGAGAUCUCGUGGUGAAAGACACGAAAGCGCUUCAGGUGAUGCAAUCAUCUCUUCCGAACUCUGCCUUCAGGAAGACUCUCUCCGCUUCUUCCGCCAAAGAAGCUUGGGAUCUGCUCAAAAACGGUAACAAAGCGGUGGAGCUUGUUAGGUUAGAGAAGCAGUUCCAAGAACUCAGCAUGAAGGAAGGAGAAACGAUCGAAUCCUACGUGGACAGAGUUACUGCGAUACUCGAAGAGAUGCGUCGUUUGAACAAAGUGAAAUCUAAGUACGAGGUUAACAAGAAGGUGUUGAGUUCGCUCAAGAUGCCGUACAAGGUCGCGGCUCCGUGUCUGGAAGAAAACGCGGAGAUUAUGGAGGAUAUGCCUCUCGAGAGUCUUCCUGAUUUUUUCGAGUUUUAUGAUUCGGUUGCGAAGGAGGCUUGCCUUCUGAUGAUGAAAGGUAUGAGUCUCGACGACGACGACACGAAGCGUGGUGGUGGUACGUUGAUAGCAAUGAACUUGAUCAAAGCUUUAGAACUGAAAAUAAAAACACAAAUACUUUUUUGGGCAAUUAAUCAUUGCCUCUUUUUGGCUUUUCAUUGACUUAAAUAGAAG